CAAUAUUUGAAGCAAACGUUCAGUUCAUUCAUUCAUUCACUCAAAUAGACGUCAUUUGUGUGCAAUUGUCUCACAUUUGGCGCUAAACUGAAGCCAAACGACAACUGUUUUGAAACCGCAAUGAAUUGCGAGUCUUUGGAUCAGCUCUUGAAUCACUUUCACUCAAAGAUCUCAAUCAUCACUGAUUUGUUUCCUUUGAGUCAAUUGUACGACAAUUACGACCACAAGAAUGAGUGGAAGAGAAACGCUGUCCUCGACUCCAAUCACUGGAUCCAAUCGACCGACUCUUCGGACAACUAUUGUCUCGAAUCGGUUCCCAAAAAACCGGAUUUGAAGGAAAUGUCGCAAAUGAUUGUCGAAAUGAAAGCAAUGAUUGCAGACAUUAAGACACUUGUGAGACAACAGAAGCGCAUAAUCGGUGACCGAAACACCAAAUAUAGCCAUCGAUUGGAUCUAAUGGUCAAACACUGCGAACACAUUAACCAUAAUAUUCCCACUUUUCUCACAAAUAAAGGUAAAGCUAAUGAGGAGAACAAUGAACUGCCGGUUAAGAGACAAACGAAUGGUCACAACAAUAAUCACAAACCGGUCUCCAAAGCGAUGCCUAAGUCUACCAGUAAUGCAAAGCCAGUGAAUACAACGAAACCAAACCCGAAGUCAACGCAAAGCCAAACGGCGAGAACUGGUGGCAAGAAAUGUGUGGCCAAAGACACGAGUAUUCCCAGCAUUGCGUUCAUCACAACCGAAGAGUUUGCAACAAUUCCUCAUUAUAUGUUGGGAAGACUUACUUACGAUGUGAUGAACAGAGCGGUCGCCGACUUUAACCGAACCAUUCAAACCAAAUAUAAGAUAAUCGCUAACUAUUCCACUAAAUAUUCAGACGAAGAGAUGAGAAAAUAUGUUCACUUCAAGGAGGAGGAGAACAGCGAAACUGAUGGCGAAUAUUUUUGUACAACAAGUGAUUUGAAAGAUUUAAGUGAUCUAAAAGUGGACAUAACUAUACGAAAAGCAAUCGUUUGUCUCCGACAUUGCAAACGGAUUAAAGAGAUUCGCGGAAAUCCACCCAAACUUAUUCGAUACGCGAUCGUCAAGACUAACACCCAAUUGAUUAACUAA